CCCGGGGCGGGCUCUCCCUCCCUCCCGGAGGAGGAGGAGGGCCGGGGGAGGAGCAGGGCAGGCGGCGGGCAGCUCUCGGCCGAUGGGCAGAGGGCGGCCGCGCUCGGCGCCGGCGGCGGCUCCGGGAGCCCGGCGGGUGCCCGGGGCGAUGCUCGGCAGCGGCCACUGAGCCCUGCAUGGCCCAGCAUGGAGGUGGUGGACGAGACGGAGGCUUUGCAGCGCUUUUUUGAAGGCCAUGACAUUAAUGGUGCUCUGGAACCAUCUAACAUCGACACCAGCAUCCUGGAAGAGUACAUCAGCAAGGAGGACUCACCAGAUAUCUGUUUCCCUGACAUCCCUGCUUCAACCAGCUAUGCACACCCCCAGCCCUCCAGCUCAACCACCGUCAACGCGCCUCUUGCCAGCUCCAUCACCAAUGUGACCAACCCUGCUUCCAGCAGUUCCCUUCACCUUCCUCCCCCGGGCAGCCAGAUCCCAAUUCGUCAUGGUCCUCUUCUGGCCAAUCCUUGUGGACCCAGCUACGGUGCUCACCUCAACUGCAAUAACAACAAUGGCAUGGUGGUGCCCAAGGGCUACCUUGGUGGCCACUGCCUAAGCAGCGUGGUCCCUCCAAUCAAAUCAGAGCCCAAGGCCUCCUAUGCACCUGGCACUUUACCCGACUCUCCCCCGGACUCAGGAUCGGAAGCCUAUUCCCCUCAGCAGGUGAAUGAUCCUCACCUCCUCCGGACCAUGACCCCUGAAAACAUGUGCCACAUGACUCCCCCUUCUCGCCUGGAGCACCCUCCACCACCUCCUCCGCCUCCACCUCCACCCCCUCACCUCCAGGGUCCACCAGCGCCUCCUCCUCACCCUCACCAGCCACAGCACGCCCCUCACUACCCCAGCCUCCAGCGGGACAUGUACAUGAAGGCUGAGCCUCUGAUGCCACCCUACGGCAUCGGCCAGGGCAUGGCACCUCCUGACCUCCACCACGCGCAGCAGUCGCAGAUGCUGCACCAGCUACUCCAGCAACAUGGAGCAGACCUCCCGGUUCACCCUGCCAAGAAGCGGAAACACUCCGAGUCCCCCCCCAACACCCUCAAUGCACAGAUGCUCAACGGGCUGAUAAAGCAGGAGCCAGGUAUGGGGUCUGUGCCACUCAACCCUGACAGAGUCCAAACACCUCCCUGGCACCAGCCGGGAGCACUCUCACCAGGCCUGAUUCAAGAUAACGACAGCUUGAAUGGCUCGUACUUGGAUCCCAACUACCAGUCUAUAAAGUGGCAACCACAUCAACAGAACAAGUGGGCGACUCUUUAUGAUGCCAACUACAAAGAACUCCCGAUGCUCACAUACCGCGUCGAUGCUGACAAGGGCUUCAACUUCUCCGUGGGGGAUGAUGCCUUUGUGUGCCAAAAGAAGAAUCACUUCCAGGUCACAGUCUACAUCGGCAUGCUUGGAGAUCCCAAGUAUGUGAAGACCCCUGAGGGCCUGAAACCCUUAGAGUGCUUCUACCUGAAGCUGCACGGAGUGAAGCUGGAGGCCUUGAACCAGUCGAUCAAUAUAGAGCAGUCACAGUCCGACCGCAGCAAACGGCCCUUCAACCCUGUCACGGUCAACCUGCCUCCGGAGCAGGUCACCAAGGUCACCGUGGGGCGGCUGCACUUCAGCGAGACCACAGCCAACAACAUGCGGAAGAAAGGCAAACCCAACCCGGACCAGAGGUAUUUCAUGCUCGUGGUAGCCCUGCAGGCACACGCCCAGAACCAGAACUACACGCUCGCAGCCCACAUCUCUGAGCGUAUCAUCGUCAGAGCCUCCAACCCUGGCCAGUUUGAGAGCGACAGCGAUGUCCUCUGGCAGCGGGCACAGCUCCCCGAUACUGUUUUUCACCACGGCAGAGUUGGCAUCAACACAGACCGCCCCGAUGAAGCCCUUGUGGUCCAUGGCAACGUGAAGGUCAUGGGUUCACUGAUGCACCCGUCAGACAUCCGAGUGAAGGAAGACAUCCAGGAGGUGGACACCACGGAGCAGCUGAAGAGGAUCUCCCGUAUGCGGCUGGUACACUACAACUACAAGCCCGAGUUUGCAGCCACGGUGGGCAUUGACAACACCUCUGAGACAGGUGUCAUUGCUCAGGAGGUAAAGGAGAUCCUCCCUGAAGCUGUGAAGGACACUGGGGACUUGGUCUUUUCCAAUGGGAAGACCCUUGAGAACUUCCUGGUAGUGAACAAGGAGCGCAUCUUCAUGGAGAAUGUGGGAGCCGUGAAGGAGCUGUGCAAACUGACAGACAACCUGGAGACCCGCAUUGAUGAGCUGGAGAGGUGGAGUCACAAGCUGGCCAAGCUCAAGCGGCUGGACAGCAUGAAGUCAACCGUGAGCUCUGGGGCAUUCAGCCAAACAGGAAGCCAGUUCAGCCGAGCGGGAAGCGUGCCCCACAAAAAAAGACCCCACAAAGUAGCCAGCAAGUCACCAUCAGUUGUCCCAGAACAGGCCUGCAUCAGCCAGCGCUUCCUGCAAGGCACCAUCAUUGCCCUGGUCGUCAUCAUGGCUUUCAGCGUGGUGUCCAUGUCCACGCUCUAUGUGCUGAGCUUGCGCAGUGAAGAAGACCUUGUGGAUGUCGAUGGCUCUUUUGCUGUGCCCACUGCCUGUCUCCUGGCCCUCUUUCGGCACAGGGGUCCUGGUGUCCCGGUCGCUCUGUGUCCACGGUCAAACCAGAACAUUGAUAAAACACAGACAGUGCGAUCCACAGCUGCGUCAGUCAGAGCCAGUGGCAGGACCCCCAUGCACCACGUCACAGAGGACACGCCUGACUUAGUCGUCAGCGUGCUAGCCUGCUUCAGCCCACCGUGUUUCUCUACAUGCUGCUCUGCUGCUUCCACCAAUGUCUCCUCUGUCGCGCUUUCUGAGACCAGCCCCACUCAUGCCACCAACCGGACAGACCAAAGCCACAUCUCACUCCUGCCAGUGACAAAUAUCAAAGCCAAAUCCAGGGGCAUCACCGGGAAAGCAACCUCCUACACCAAGUGGCCAAAGACACCUGACAGGUCUCAGAGCUUCGGCAGCCCCAAUGCCAGCCCCUCUUCCCCUUUCACUCACAUCCAGGGCAAAUCCAAGUACAUCUCCAACCUCUCGCUCUCCCGCAGCAACUCCCCGCUGGGGCAAACCCGGCAGCAGCGCAGUGUCAAGCAGCCGGUGAGCGAGUGGCCACGCACGGAGGAUCCCAGCACAGAUGGGCCAAGCCCAGUGCUUCAAUCCAUCCGGCUCAUGGAGAUCAAUCUCACCAUCCCGUCCCAGUUCUGUGCAGCCAAUGAUGCCUGCAGGACUGGAAACUUCACCUACCGCAUCCCAAUCAACCAGCUCACAGCAGUGAACACCAACCUGACGCUGGAGAUGAACUCCUCCUCCGCUGUGUCCGUCUCCCUUUGUGGCCUUGUUUCCAGUGACCCCUGCCAGGAUGCUGCCAGCACAAACAGCUCCACGGAUGCCACAGAUGCACAGGAAACAAUGCACCGUUGGCCUCUCGUGAUGAUGUCUUUCCGCGAGUUCACCUACCACUUCCGAGUGGCUCAGCCUGGCCAAGCCAACUGCAGCACGGCCCCCCAGCAGGUGGGACACCUCUUCACUGACUAUUAUUUUCAGUUUUACUGGCUCUGUGAGUGAGUCCUGAGCACCAAUGCCAUCUGCUUGGAGAGAGGAGGGGGAUCAGUGACACU